GUGUCCAACCUUGGUAAGUUUUAAGACUUUGUGGACUUCAACUCCCAGAAUACCUCAGCCAGCAAAGCUGUACGCAACACGCGUCUCAUCCUGCUUCCGGGUGUCUCCUUGAAAUUCAAGUCCCAGAAGCGACUGGAGUGCAACUCACGUGACGGAGUAAAUCCUCGUUCCCGGCGCUGCUCAUUUCCCUCUCCGCUCCCUCCGCCCCCUUCCCCCCACCGGCUGCCGGCGGAAAGUGGUUGUUUAUGACGUUGCUUUGCUUGGAGGUGUGAUGGACUUGCGGCAUAAUACCAUGGGAGAUAGUGGAGAAGCCCUUAUUAUUGGACAAGUUCCAACACUGGGUGGAUUUGGCCCAAUUUAGGAAUUGUAUGUCCCACAAGUGUCUAUAAAUCCCCAAACUCAGAUUGUUACAGAAAUGAAUUCCCCUGAGGCAGCAAAAAAGAGGAUCCUCCCAGCAUGGAUGACCAAGAAUGUAACUGAACCAGAAGAAUGGGCAAAAAUGAAGUCAAAGAGAAGAAAAAAGACAGCUUUAACAAGGACUGAAACUGUGUAUUGUAUGAAUGAAGCAGAGUUGGUUGACAUGGCUCUUUGUAUUUUAGCUGAGAAUUGCAAGGCUAUAGAAGAUCUUUCAUCAGAAGAUAAGAUACAAGAGCGUCAACAGGAAUUGAUAGAUGAUCAUCUUCCAGGGACUGCUGUCAACAUUGCCAAGGAUCCUCCUGUACCACCCACACCUCCAGAUCAGUCAGCUUCUUUAAGUAGCAAUGAGGAGACCAAACUGGAGGAAGAUGAUGAUGCCUUAAAAUAUGUCAGGGAGAUUUUCUUUACAUAAUUUUAACAUUUAUAAGCAACAUCUAGGUUUUUAAAAUUGAUUAAUAGGAGAUACAGCUAGGAUAGUGGUGGCUAGUAUACCAGAGGUGAAGUAAUGGAGAAUCACAAUGGCAGGACUUUGUGAAAUAAACUGAUCAGGAGGAGAGACUCUGGAAAUCUAUUUUUAUAAUUGGAGAUUUAAUGGGAUGCAUUGGGGGAAGAAUGGAGGAAUCUCCUACUGGGUUCCCUGGUUCAAUAAGCACUUUUUUUUGCUUGACUUCGAAGACUUGAAUUUUGUAUUUAAAGAAUAAAUGUAAGUAGUUCUUCUCUUUACACUGGCCAUUUUCAUAUUAAAUUAAGAGCUACAGUUUGUUUAAUAACAGUUCAGUUAUAUGUGCCUAAGUUUAUACUAGUUUGUAAGUUUAUACUUACAAACAAGCAAACAAAUAUUUUGGCUUAGCAAAUUGUGUGAAUCCAGUCAUAGAAAAAGUAGUGUUCACCUCCAGCUUCCUGAAAUAUCUGACUUAAUUGAUUCCUGACUCAAAAAAUUAUUUCUUUAAUUUUGGGCUCCCAGAAGCAAAAUAUCCAAUCUUCAGCUCUGUUACAUUUUGUAAACAGGUAGUUCUUGCUUAACAAGAGUAAUUAGGACUGGAAUUUCCAGUGCUAAAUAAUGCACUCAUAAAAUGCAACAUCUCAUGACUGCAUCACUUGGUGAUGGCAAUCCUGACAGUCCCCUUUGCUGUCAGUUUUCAACAAAGUCACUGUGAAGUCCCAGGUAACUUGCAAACAGGCCAAUGGUUGAACAAGUGGCUGCUGUAGUGUGAGUGUGGCAGGGCCGAGGUGACUUCUGCUGGAUGGGGCAGGGUGCCUGGUGCCAGGGAGGGGGUGUUGUGAGCACAUGCUACAAAGUAGAUUUCUAGCAGAAAAAGGCUUCAGGAAUACGAAUGACUGAGUGAGGGUGUUGGCAACCCGCGGCUCCAGAGCUGCAUGCAGCUCUUUUGUCCCCCUGCUGCAACUCCCUGUUGGCUGAACCCACCACUGGCUAGCCCCUCCCCUCCCAGUCCCUCCUCACCUAGCCUGAGAAGGUAAGGGCAACGGUGGAAGAUGGAGACUCACUCCAUAUUCCAGAGCAGGAGCAAAGCGCCCCUGUAUUUGCCUCAUCUCGUGGGUUCUUCUUCCAGCCCUUGUUGGUUGCUUGGGGAGAAGCGCAACUUGCUGUUCACCCUAAGACACUGGCCCGGCCCAGUUGUGGCUGAUGCCACUGCUCUUGCCACCCCCAUGGCCUGCCUGCUGCUCUUGCAGCGCCUUACGCAGCACAGUUAAAUUUAGUACACUUCACAGUGGGGAAGAAUGUGUUCCCUCAUCCUGGAGCCCAUUACAACGUGGAGCAUCAGCUACAGCUGAGCCGGGCCAGUGUCUUGGGGCGGAGAGCAAGUCACGAAUCUCCCUGAGUGACCAAGGUGUGCGCAGCACCAACAAGGACUGGAAAAAGCGCCUGUGAGAUGAGGGGCACUUCGUUCCUGCUCUGGAAUAUGGAGCGAGUCUCCAUCUCCCGCUGUCACCCUUACCUUCCCGGGCUAGGCAUGGAGGGGUGGGGCCAGCCUGUUCAGUUGACAGGGAGCUACAGCAGGGAUAGAAUUGAGCUUCAGGUUUAUCUGGGAACCUGAAAUGACUGGAUUUAAAUCAUGGUGAAAAGCACCCAAAGAAGAAAGAACAGUAUCAGCAAAAAAAACUAACCAACCAUCGCCUCUUUUUGGAAUUGAUUCAAAAGAGAAAACACACACACACACUCACUCACACACGAGACAGAGAGGAGAGAGAGAGAUUAGAGAGAGAGAGAGUGAAAGAGAGACACAGAGGAGAAAUACCUGUUUCCCACAGAAAAGAAAACACUUUGAGCCACAAAACCUGGGUAGGCGACUUCCUCAUUGGCUGUUUGUGAGAAGCUGGCAGGGGUGGUUGCAAAUGGUGAUCAUGUGACCCUGGGAUACUUACAACCAUUGUAAAUGCAAGCUGGCUGCCAAGCACCUGAAUUAUAAUCAUGUGAUCAUGGAGUCAUUGUGACAACUCUGAGGACCAGUAGUGCCUCUCUAUUGCACCAUCACAAUUUUGAAUAGUAGCUGAAAGAGUGGUCAGGAAAUGAGAAUUAUAUUUUAAUUUAUGAUUAGAUUUCUAUGAUGCAAGAAUAUAAUACAAUAACAGGGAAAAAGUCUGCUGAAGUGCACAAGUACCCUGGAGACAUGCAUUUUUGGAUCAGGUUUUAGUAUUUGUCUUCAUUAAAUAGGUGUCUCUUCUCCACUAAUGUUCAGAUCACUUGACAAUUAGAUGGGUUAUAACUAAGAAACAAGAAAUUACUUCAGUGCAUUUAUUACUCAUGUAGUAGCCUUAAAUCACAGAUCUGGGACAUGUGGUUCUUUUUUACAAAAGUAUUGUGUUAAUGUCUGUCAGACUGGGGAAGAUAUAAAAAUGCUAUAUAGAAAAAAAAUGUCCUUGACAUGCUGCCGUGGUGGCGCAGUAGUUAGAAUACAGUACUGUAGGCUACUGCUGGCUGCCUGUAAUUUGGCAGUUCGAAUCUCAUCAGGC